ACGGGUCAAAGUUCGAUAGGGUCGAGAUUGUGCUUUGUCUCAAAGUUCUUGGUUUCGUCAGUUGGAUUCUGAUGUGCACGAGGUUGUUUUGUCGACGAUAUAACACUCUCAAGCUGAUUCUAGACUAGGAGUUAUGAAGCACUGUAAACUAUACAAAGAAUUGUUUAAUAAUGAAUGUUCCUUAAGCCCAUAUAAUCAAAGUAAACGAAAAUUAAAGCGUGACCAUAAGAAAGAGCAGGAAAGAACUGCUGGACCCGGGUGGUAUCACAUGUCAGCACCAGAAAUGACAGAUGAAAUUAAAAAUGAUCUGACUGCAUUACAAAUGAGACGUACAUGGGACAGAAAGUCAUUUUAUAAAAAGAAUGAUAUGAAAACAUUUCCAAAAUACUUCCAGAUUGGAACAAUAGUAGAAACAUCAGCAGAUUAUUAUCAUUCACGUAUACCAAAGAAACAAAGAAAGCGAACUAUUGUUGAAGAGCUGCUUGCAGAUGAAGAAUUUAGACAAUACAGCAAAAAGAAAGCGAAUGAAAUAAAUUCCAGAAAGACUAACUUCAAAGGUAAAAUGAGAAAGAAGAAAUAAAUUUUUGAUCUAAAUUGUAAAAACAUAAAUCAUAUUGUACAGCAUAAUAAAUAUUUUUUUCUCUUUGUUUAUUUCU